ACUUUUCAUGAGUUUAUUCUGUGAUUGGGCGUGUCAAAUUGAACGUUCUAUCAACCACAACAUUAAAUUACUAUCUCGUUAUAUCGUAAGGCGUGUAAAGAGGCCCCGAAUGUUCUCUGGGGGGCUACAAUCGCCAGGUGGUUGCUAACAUGGACAUAAAGGUCGCAUCAACCAAAGUUAAGCAUCAGUGCCACCUCUCAUUAUGAUGGAGACGAUCAAAAAGUCACCUUUCUCAAAGAAAAUAAGUCUUGAGACUCCUCCUAGUCCUGUCAAUAUCAGCACUCCAGUGAAAAAGAAGAAAAAAAAGGAUAAAGAAAUAGUUUCUCCUUCUAUUGAUGUUCCUUCAAGCCACAAGAAAAAAGAAAAGAAAAGAGAAUAUGAGGACUUCAAACCUUUAUUUGAUUCUGAUGAACUGACAAUCAGCCAUAACAAGAAUAAUAAGAAAAAGAAAAUUAAUAAAGAAAUAUUUUCUCCUUCUAUUGAUGUACCUUCAAACCACAAGAAAAAGAGAAAAAAGAAAAGAGACGAAGAGGAAGAGGACUUCAAACCUUUAUCUGAUUCUGAUGAACUGAUAGACAGUCAUACAAAAAAGAGGAAAAAGGAGGGGGAGGUCAGCAUCUCCAUCUCUGGUGAUGAACUGAUGGUCAAAAAAAAGAAGAAAGAGAAUUUAAUGGACAACUCGGAGAAGGAAGGGAGUAUUGCACGUGAGACGGAGAAAAGAAAAAAUAGAAACACCAACAGACUGAACAAAGACGAGGUUGUCGUGGCAACGGUCAGCAAGCAUAAAGACUCCAGCAUCGACGCUGCAGCCAGAAAUACAAAGAAGAAGAAGAAGAAGAAAGAUGAAACUGAUGUUGAGGGAAAUUCACAGGAAGAAGAGACGCCUAAACACAAGAAGUCAAAACAGGCGAGCAGCGCCAUGGCAGCAGAACAUGUAAACAACGAGAUGGAUGUGACUGUUUCUCUGGAAACUAGUAUCAGCAGCUCAGCCACGAAAAACGAUGGAAUCAGAAAGAAGUCAUGGAAAGAAAGGGCUGCUGCAAAACAGACUAAGCGUGGAAAAAGCUUGAGCAGAAAUAAAACUGUAUCUUCUAUGAACGAGUUGGACUUGGAUCUCGUCGGUCAGCUGGAGGAGUUUGUCCCAGAUGUCAGGAAUAAAUCUGCUCCUGAAAUUAUGAAGUUGCUACGAUACGAUCUCCAUCGCUUCAGGGACUUUAAACAGAAAGGUGUGCCCCUCCGCUCGGGACGAUUCACGGUUCCAGAGAAUCAUCAAAUUGAACAAAACAUGGCAGACUUUAUUGCUCUGACGAAUAUGGGUUCAGCCGAACAGGUUCUGUUCCCUCAAAGGUUCAAAGAACAAGCACCAAAGAUCCGGAAGCUGAAAAUCCUGCAUUGCUUUUUUGAGAAAAUUGCGGAGGGCAUCCCUCGGCCCUGCCAUCAAGUCUACACGCGAGCAAAGAAGAUCUUUGACAUCCGGAACCACAUGGGAAGGUUCUCGGAGGAUGAGCUCCAUUCCCUCCAGAAGCUCCACCAACUCCACGGCAACGACUGGAAAGCAAUGUCGGACAAGAUGGACCGGAGCGUCUACGCGCUGCAGAAGCGCUUCGUUUGUCUCGCUCCUGCACACGGCCCGUGGAGCGAGGACGAAGAGUCCCGGCUGAAGCAGGCUAUCCGGGAUCACUUGGAGACUGUGUUCCAGGAGAGUUUAGGUUCUGGUCUGACCAUGGACCAGCUCUGCAGCAACCUGCCAUGGCAGAAGAUCAGCCAGAAGGUUGAGACCAGACACUGGAACCAGUGCCGUCUGAAGUGGUUUAACCUUUUGAAUAAAAUAACGAAGGGCAAAUUGCCAAGAGGACCUGAAGGUUAUAAGGCCAAAAUCCUUCUAAUAAACACGUUAUUCUCCAUGUCCGUGGACGACCUAGCAGACAUCGAAUGGGAUGAAGUGGCUUGUGCUGUUGGCAAUGUAACCCCCAUGUGUGUGCAGAGGAUGUUUCACAGACUGAAGGUCACCAAAGUCCCAAACUGGAGCAGAAUGUCGUAUGGAGACAUCAUCACCUUCCUGAAGGACCACGUGGUUCCAGCUCUGCAGGAGAAGCUGAGCUCCUGCAGCUCUACACCAGACUCCCAGGAACCGCAGGAGGAGGUCAAGUACCAGCUGUCCCAAAUCCUCAGCACGGACAAUGAUUUAGAGGUGGAUAACACUUGACCCCAGCCGGUCGGGACUUGGCCAUUUUUUCCAGUGUGUUUUUUUUUUUGUUUUUUUUUUAGCGGACAUCGUCACACUCUGACUGAUCAUUACUAUUAAGAACCGGAGCCACAAUUGUAAAAUGUAUCGUCUCUUAUCAAAGUCAAAUACAGAUAACCUGAGAGAUCAGGAAAAGGGGA